GUAUUUUAUUGGCUGCUGAGAUGUCAGGUCGCAUUGGCUGUUUUACUGGGACUAGAAAAGAAACGCUCUUAUUAAAAGAAGAAUAACUUUGGAAAACAAAAUACUUGAAUAAACAAAAAGUUUUUUAAUUAAUUUAUAUCCAUAAAGCUGACUACAAAUAUGCCGACUUAUAAUAAUUGGAAAUUUGCUAAGAGACCAGCAAUUAAUCACGAGUGUCCAAGCUUAGAAGUUAAUAACCAUCCUCUAAAAGUGGAACUUAAUAAAAUAAUAAGACGCCAACCUGUUGGUUCAAAAAAGAAUUUUUUAGAGACUCUUGAAAAGUGGAGUUUUCCUUUGGAAGAAUUGGAUCCCUUAUUGAGAUUUGAACAAAUGAAUUUAGAAGAGGAUUCUAAACCUUUAGAAAAUGAUGUCGUAAACUACAUAAGACUUUGGCAAUCAAAACGUACUACCAUCCUUAAUAAAUAUACAACUGGAGAGAAACUUACUAUUAUAAGUAGUUUUCUGCCAGAGGAAGAGAAAGUUAAUUCAUUUUCAGCCUUAAUUAGGCAAGUUUCUAACUUAAAUGAAAAAGUGAAGCAUAGGUUGGAACAGUUGGAUGAGUUUGAUGAAUCUUCUGUAAGAAAAACUAUGGGAUUGAGCCAACAAGAAUUUGUCACUAAAAUUCAUAUGCUUGAUGAUGAAAUCAAAAAGGCUUGGGACUCUGAACAACGUGUUAAAGCAUUCAAAAUUGCAAUACAGUGCUCCAAACUUCUGUCCGAUAUUAGUGUAAUGCAAUUCUACCCAAGUAAAUUUGUAUUAAUUACUGAUAUUUUACACAAAUUCGGUAACUUGGUGUAUGACAGAUUGAAGCAUAAAAGCUUUGGGAGUAAGGUAAUAGAAUUCCAGGAUAUACAGUCAGAAUUAGUUCCAGAGGCAGCAAAAGAGACUUGUCAAAAUUGGAUGUUCAAAAUGGCUUCCAUAAGAGAGCUUCUGCCGAGACUUUAUAUGGAGAUGUCUUUGCUUAAGUGCUACGUCUUUACUUCAAGAGGAGAGAUAAAGCCAGCCAUAGACAGAAUAACCAUUAUGAUCAGGGGCAUUGGAAAUCCUCUGGUGGCUGUUUAUUUGAGGGUGUAUUUGUGCAAUGUAUCAGCAAAACUUGUUGGUAAAGACAGUGAGGAGUAUUUUGCUAAAAACUUUAAAGAGUUCAUUGAUGAUUAUCAACAGAUAUUUAGUACAAACAUGAGCAAGAAGUUUGGUACUCAACUACUGACUCCGGAUCAAUAUCUCAGUCUUUAUAUACCAGCAGUGGAAUGGUUGUUGUAUGGAACGCUCAAUUCAAACAACAAUAAAGCUAAACUAUUGGAUGAAUUGCUGCAGCAGUGUAACAGUAUUGAAAAUAAUGAGUUAUUGCUCUUCUGCGUGUUGUCCACUUUCGAUUCGCCGAACAUAAUAGAGAAGUCUUCACAAAUUUUGGAAAUAAUCAAAAAGUCCGCUGAUAACAUGGUGAUGCUGAGCGGCGUGCUACACUUGGUAGGCGGUCACGUGUGCACGUGCGAGAGUUACCGCGCGUCGUCGAGCGAGGCGCUCAGCCAGGCGUGGUGGAGGCUCGCCGCCGCCGUCCGCGCCCCAAACGACUUCCUCCACCAGCUGGAGCCCUGGCUGCAGUUCGUGUGUAUGCAGCUCUCGAGUCAGCACAUAAACAUGAUCCUGCGGGGGACGAUCCGCUACAUGAUCAAGAGCGGGUCGGCGGCGGACGAGUACUGCGCGCAGCUGCAGGCCACACUCAAGCGCGUGCUCACACACGUGCCAGACGUCGAGGAGCUCUUCCUUAUGGAUGCUUUUAUGCCGUUAGUGGAGUUGGUCCAAAAGUCUACCGCGAGAACCGCGAUGGCCAAGACUGUCCUGACGAUAUUCUUUGAGAGGUUCACCGGGAUAUAUAUUGAAGAUCCGAUUGUUAUAUCCGGACUUAUGAGACUGUGCUGUAUACUUCAUGACUCCAUCAACGCAGUAAGCGUGGAAGCCGAGAGCAAAAUGUGUGCAGAUUUGAUAGUAAAGUUCGUCCAAGCGGUGACUUAUCACGACGACCUGGAGCAGCAGUUGAAUUUCUACGUCGAGUGUCGAGCCUCGUUUAUCAAACUGGACGCAGUCCUUCUAGCACUUGUGCACGCGGUGAACACGCUGGGUGCGCGCGCGAGUGCGCGGGGCGUGGCUCGUGCGUGUGCGGCGUACGCGUUCGUCACGGUACCGUCGCUGCGGUGCGUGCUCACGCGCGCGCCGCUCUAUCUGCUUGGCGCUCAGGUCGCUCUGCUCAACAAUUGCGUCGGACAAGCCGAGGCGAAUCUAAAGUCACUCGUCGGCCUCAUACCAGACAUUCCACUUUACAUUCAACAGGAUGGGCAGAAUAAGUCUACACAUGAUCAAGUUUUAGGAUUGCUGUGUAAUUUCCUCUCUACAUUACUUGUGCUGCCGGAUAACAUGGAAAGCAGCAACAAAGCUUACAUAUUAAGUGGUUUUAUAAAGACCAUGGAAAGAAUACAUUGGAAGAAAACAGAGCCUCUUUACUACAACGUGCUGCUAAAAACUUUAGAUUUGGUGUGCGAGAUGGCUCAGGAGACUUACGCUUAUCGGAUAGACUCAGUGCUGUCGAACGACCAACUGUAUGGGUGCGAGGAGGAGUUCGUGUCGUGUCUGAGCGGUCACGCGGGCGCCGCAUGCCGCGAGCUCCUCACUACACUGGCGACGCUCGGCGCGGGUGGAGGCGGGGCUAGCGGAGUGGGCGGGGAUUCCCGGCGGCAGAGCGCGCUAGCACUCGAGCUGUUCUGGCGCGUAACCCGCCGCGCGGCCCUCGCGGACCCGCCCACCGCCCAGCUCGCCGCCAACCUGUGGGCGCUAGCGACCAAACACCAGGACCACAACCACAAACUCGCUCUAUCGAUGCUGAGCGCUUUGAAGACAUCCGGUGAUGUUGCCAGUGAAAAACUUUACGCGCGACUCAAAGACGGCUGUUGAGAGUGAAGUCUACAUAUUGUUAUUGAUUCUACUUAUAUAAAACCUAGUUAUCUUACAUUAUAUGAUAAGGCUAAGUAUAUUUAUUUGAAAUAAUAACUUGUAACCAACA